GCAAGCAGCCAGGGCAACCUGCACGGAGUGGCGUCCAUGCAGAAGGUCCCAGUAUUCCCAGCUGUACGCCCCCCCUCCCCCCCAGGCGGGGCCGCGACUCACUGCCUGGCAGCGGGGCGCUCAUGUCUUAGCUGGUGAUGGGCUUGGUGUCCAAGCCCGUAAUGAGAGCAGGUAAGAGUACUGCUCAUUUUGGCCAGGGGUCACACAGCAUUUACAUCACAAUUGGGCCGCUGCUUAAAAAUGUCCAUCCCUCUCCCUCACCACCACCCGGGGCUGUGUCCAGUCGGAGAAUGUUCUAGCGUUGGGGGCAGCUGCGGAUGAAGUCCUUGGGGGGAAAAGAAGCAGGCCAAGGGCGAUGGUGGAGUAGAGCUGCCUCUCUGAGGCAGCAUGAGCUGAGAGGGUGAUAGGAAGGAGGCACUAGACAGCAUGGAGGACUUUCUGCUCUCCAAUGGGUACCAGCUGGGCAAGACCAUUGGGGAAGGGACCUACUCAAAAGUCAAAGAAGCAUUUUCCAAAAAACACCAAAGAAAAGUGGCAAUUAAAAUUAUAGACAAGAUGGGAGGGCCAGAAGAAUUUAUCCAGAGAUUUCUGCCUCGGGAGCUCCAAAUCGUCCGUACCCUGGACCACAAAAACAUCAUCCAGGUUUAUGAGAUGCUGGAGUCUGCUGAUGGGAAAAUCUACCUUGUGAUGGAGCUGGCAGAGGGAGGGGAUGUCUUUGACUGUGUGCUGAAUGGGGGGCCACUGCCCGAGAGCCGGGCCAAAGCCCUCUUCCGUCAGAUGGUUGAGGCCAUUCGCUACUGCCAUGGCUGUGGUGUGGCCCACCGAGACCUCAAGUGUGAGAACGCCUUACUGCAGGGCUUCAACCUAAAGCUGACAGACUUUGGCUUUGCCAAGGUGCUUCCCAAGUCACGACGGGAGCUGAGCCAGACCUUUUGCGGCAGCACAGCCUAUGCUGCCCCAGAGGUGCUGCAGGGCAUUCCUCAUGACAGCAAGAAGGGUGACGUCUGGAGCAUGGGCGUGGUCCUGUACGUCAUGCUCUGUGCCAGUCUACCUUUUGAUGACACAGAUAUCCCCAAAAUGCUGUGGCAGCAGCAGAAGGGGGUGUCUUUCCCUACUCAUCUGGGCAUCUCAGCCGAAUGCCAGGACUUGCUCAAGCGGCUCCUGGAACCAGACAUGAUUCUCCGGCCUUCCAUUGAAGAAAUUAGUUGGCAUCCAUGGCUAACAAGCAACUGAUAAAAGCAAGUCCUCCCCAAUAAAGCAGGGGGAGAAAGCAAACUCAAAAACCCGCUUCUAA